ACGCUUUCCUUAUCGUUCACCACUAACUCCAAUCAUUAGAAACUAAGAGAAAAUGAGAUUAACACUAAAUCUUCUGCUUCUGCUUCUGUUUAUCUUGAGUCAUCAUCAUCAUGCUGAUUCUAGCUCUAUAGUCAAGUUUCUUCCUGGUUUUGAAGGCCCUCUUCCUUUCGAACUCGAAACCGGGUACAUUGGUAUUGGUGAGGAUGAGGAAGUGCAAUUGUUUUACUAUUUCAUUAAAUCUGAAAACAAUCCAAAAGAAGACCCUCUUCUUUUAUGGUUAGAUGGAGGACCUGGAACUUCUUCUGUCACUGGACUUACUGUAGAGAUUGGCCCUUUGACUUUGAAGUCGGAGGUUUACAAUGGAAGUGUACCUUCUUUGGUCUCUACUACAUAUUCUUGGACAAAGAUGGCAAACAUAAUAUUCUUGGACCAGCCUGUUGGAUCUGGCUUCUCAUAUUCAAAAACUCCACCAAACAAAACUAGUGACACAAAUGAAGUUAAGAAUAUCCAUGAGUUUCUUCAAAAGUGGCUAAGCAAGCAUCAACAAUUUUACUCCAACCCUUUUUAUGUUAGUGGAGCUUCUUAUGCCGGUAUGAUUGUUCCGGCCGUCGUUGACAUCAUCUCAAAAGGGAAUUAUAUAUGUUGCAAUCCUCCUAUAAAUCUACAGGGUUAUGUGCUAGGAAACCCGGCAACACAUUAUGAAAAGGAAAUAAACUAUCGUGUUCCAUUUGCUCAUGGAAUGUCAUUAAUCUCUGAUGAACUCUAUGAGUCAAUGAAGAAAUUUUGCAAAGGAAAUUAUUUCGAUGUGGAUCCAAGUAACACAAAAUGUUUGAAACUUGUUGAAGAAUACAAUAAGUGCACUGAGAAGAUAAACCAAAAUCAUAUAUUAAUACCAAAUUGUGAUGACAGGAUUACACAUAAUACAUCUCCUGAUUGCUUUUAUUAUAAGUAUACUCUUCUUGAACACUGGGCAAACAAAGAGACCGUUCGCAAAGCCCUUCAUAUUAAAAAGGGGAGCAUAGGAGAAUGGGUGCGACAUAAUCAUAGCAUACCAUACGAUAAAGACUUUAUAAGCAGUGUACCAUACUAUAUGAACAACAGCAUCAAAGGCUACAGGUCUCUUAUCUUCAGUGGUGAUCAUGAUAUGACAUUGCCUUCUUGUGCAACUCGAGCAUGGAUCAAAUCUCUCAAUUACUCAAUCACUCAUGAUUGGAAGCCUUGGAUAGUAAAAGACCAAAUAGCUGGAUACAUGAGAACUUAUUCCAAUAAGAUGACAUUUGCUACUAUCAAAGGAUGUGGACACACGCCAGAGUAUCUACCAGAAGAAACCUCUAUCUUGUUUCAAAGGUGGAUCAGUGGCCAACUUUUGUAAUAGAUCUCUCAUAGAAAAAUUCUGAAUAAAAAUGCAAAAUGUAAUUCAUAAGAGAGUUGAGUUAAACUCGUUUAUAUAUAUGAACUCUUAUUUAUCAGUUCAAAGCUCUCAGAUAAUCUUUAUCAUAAUUUAAUAAAGUUAUU